AUGGCGUCCCGGUUCCUGGACCGUCUGAAGCGCUCGCUCUUUAAGGACGGUCCGGCGGGACAGGAGCCCGAGCAGGAAGGCGGCAGCCAACAGGAAGAGGCGGGCUUCAGUAAGGACUGGUGGGAGGCGGAGCUUGAGGAGGAGGAGGAGUCUGUGAGCGAGCGGCUCGGGGGGACGCUGUGUUUCGACACCGGAGCGGUCGGGUCCGAGGACUGCGCCGAGGGCGACAGCGAGGGGCGGGACAGCGACUCGGACUUCCUGGGAGAGCCGAUGGAGGAGGGACUCAGCAGCACAGAAGCCAGUCCAGGGGGCGUGUCCCCUGUAGGCCCCGCCCCCUCCUUUCUGCUGACUCAGCAGCUUCAGGAGAGCUGGCGGAGCCUCCGCGGCCUCGGAGGGGGCGGCGUGGCUCACGGUGCGAGGCGACAGACGGACAGCUUGCUGUUUGAGGUGACGGACGCCGGCGCGGUGCAGGACGGCUCCUCCAAAUAUGUGCUCUACACGAUCCACGUGAUCCAGUCCGGCGGCAGCGAUAAAACUCCGGCUGUCAUCACCCGCCGCUACUCUGACUUCCAGCGCCUCCACGCCACGCUGCGCCGGAACCACGCAGACCAGAUGGAGCGCGUGUCUUUCCCCCGGAAGAAGCUGAGGAGGAACUUCACGGCAGAGACCAUUGCCAAGCGCAGCCGGGCCUUUGAGCAGUACCUGUCUCACCUGUGCUCUCUGCCCGUCCUGCGGGCAGCGCCGAGCGUCCGCGACUUCUUCUACCUGAGCGACCUGCAAGCGGGCCAGCUGCUCAUCAGGGCGGGACGGUUCCAGGAGGCGCUGGGUCCGUUGCUCAACGCCAAGAGGCUCCAACAAAAACUGGGCUGGGCCUGUAACCAGGACAACCAGACUCAGGCCCCGCCCCCAGCCUCCUCUCAUUGGUUCUUUUCCCUGGUGGGGCUGCUGUACUGUUUUCAGGAAGUGGAGCAGCUGGAAGAGGCUCGGGAUCACUGCGACCAUGCCCUCCGCGUUCUGACUAACAUCCAGAAUAAGCCCCACCCAUCACAUGACAAGCCCCUCCCACCACCACCUCAGUUGGACAGGCCGCACCCACUGCUUCCACCGUUGCUACAGAUGGCGAUCCGGCUGUCGUGGCAGACAGGAAGAGACAAGCAGCAGUGGGAGGAGCUUCUGCAGCAUCUACAGGACCAGAAGGCGGAGCUUGACAACCGACCGGCCAUCAGAGAGUUUCUGGUCAAACAGAACCUGCAGGAGAGCGACGGCGAAAGCUGAACACGCCGCAGACUAGCACUGGGGUAUGACUCUUACAGGAAACACACCUGAGAUUUUCAGAAUGAAGGUCAACUUUCUUGAAGGGAACAAACUUUAAUAAUAAAGCAACAUUUUUUGUUAAAGUGUUGGAGUGUAGCCUGAUCGUUCAGGCUCAUUUAUCUCUAAAUAUAUAUUUAUUUUUUUUAAGUCUGAUUUUCUGCUCGGAGUUGACCUUCAGUCAAGUUCAACAGGAACAGGAAGUUGUUCUUUAACGUCUCAGCAACUGAAGGGAAGCUGAAAGAAGAAGGGAAUAAAUUUGCACAGAAAAUAAAAGGCUUGAAACAGUCUCGUGAUGACAUCACAUCCUGUGCAGGAACUGUCUGAUAACCGGUUCGCUGAAGGAAUCCUUUCAGAAUAAAAGCAUGCAAGUUCAGUUUCUCUGUGGUGGAAUGAUGGUUGUGAGCGGAGCUGGGUGCUCAGAGGGUGUUUUAUUUUGUUAGACACAAACAGGAAGUGAUGGCAGAAUGAUGCUGAGAUGUUUCUCCUCAGCUUUUACUUUGUAAAAACCUCAGAAGCUCAGGCUGUUUUAUAAAACUGCUCAGUGAGUUUUUAUACACAUUCAAACUGAAACUUUACCUGCCAAAUUAAAGUAUUAGCAGAUCUUUAAAAACAGUAUUUUGUUCGGACUUUAAAAAUGUCGGUAAAAUCAGAUUUAACAGAAUAA